AUGGGUUCAGCUUUCUCAAAACGCAAACAUAAGGGAAAAUGGUUGGACAAGGAAACUUGGACAGGAGAAUGUGAAGCAGCUAAGGCGGCGAUUGCUGAUAUAAAAACUGCUGACGUAGGACAUCAAUGCGUUUUGCAGUGGAUUCAGAAAAUUACUACAGAUGAGAACACAAAUUUGGAUGAUAGACCUAAACGUCCACAUUCUGAAAUAUAUGUACGGUCAACUUGUGGAUCACUCGAUCCAAUGGUUGGGAAAAUUGAUCUCAGCUGUUGCGAUUGGUUGCAUCGAAUUGGCCAAUCACAAGUCGACCAAUUGGAGAGUCCACGCUCCUUAAGCCGACCAGAUGGCAAUAAACAAGAAAUUUCAACUCGAUCCACGCCCGAAAUUAGUAGCUUGAGUGAUGAAAAACAGAAUGAAGAAAUUGAAAAUGAAAUAACAGAGAUCGCUUCCUUGAAGUCUUUUCCUAAGAGUAGCCCUGCUCCAGAGGCAAUUAAGAAACUUACAGAUGAUGAAAAAGAAAACAGAGAAGUUGACCUAAUGGGGAUAAUAGGUGAUCCUGACUCUGAAAGAGAAAUGAGCCAUCAAGCCACCUCCAUAAAGAAAUUGAAAUCUCGCAUUAACGAGCAAUCAGAAAAAAUGAAAAUGAGGAAGCGACGUGCUGUUUAG